CAACUAAGCCUUUUCCGUAGUCUUACACCGCUACACGGCUCACCAACGAAUCUUCUCAAACAACAGAGUAGAGAGAGAGAGAGAGGAUCAGAGUCAGAGAAAGACAAAACAUAUAUCUCCCGGGACUUUCCAGUCGGAGAAAAUCAUUUCCGUGAAGAAGACCGGCGAAGACACAGUCUUUCUCUCUCUAGAUCAUGCCCGGAGGGGAAGACGACGAUGAUAUCGGAGCUGUAAUUUAGGGUUUCCUUUUUCAAUCAGCGCCGAAGAAGUCAAAGUUACGAUGAUGUUGGCGAAAGUGGAGCCUGGGAAUAAAAAUAGUGGGGAUUCUGGUAACGGGCAAUUGUUGAAGGAGCUUGAGGUAUUAAGCAAAGCCCUUAAUCCGAAAGAUCCUCCAAAGGGUAAGGUCUCUGCUACUGAUGCUAGAUCUAAAUCUGUGGGAAGAGUCCAUUUUCCUGAGCCAAAAUCAAAAUCCAAACCUGCGUUUGUAAAGGAAGAGCCUUCGGAGAAGGAUAAGAAGUCGUCUAUAUGGGAUUGGAAGCCCUGGAAAGCUCUGUCCCAUAUUCGAAGCCGAAGGUUCAAUUGCUCUUUCUCUCUCCAUGUACAUGCGAUUGAAGGGUUGCCUCCUAAUUUCAAUGAUACCAAUCUCUGUGUGCACUGGAAGAGAAGGGACGGGGCAUUGCAGACUCGCCCGGCUAGGGUUUUCCAAGGGGUAGCUGAAUUUGAAGAAACUUUGGCUUACAGGUGCCCUGUCUAUGGGAGUGUAAGCGGGUCCCACCAUUCGGCCAAGUAUGAGGCCAAGCAUGUCCUGCUUUAUGCUUCCAUCGUUGGUUCUCCUGAUGUUGAUCUUGGGAAGCAUCGUCUUGAUCUCACUAGGAUUCUUCCGCUUACAUUGGAGGAGUUGGAGGAUGAGAAGAGCUCAGGGAAGUGGACAACAAGCUUCAAGCUAUCGGGCAAGGCCAAAGGUGCCAUUAUGAAUGCUAGUUUUGGAUUUUUGGUAAAUGGGGACGAUCAGGUUGCAUCUGGGAGUUACAGAAGUCCCUCUGGAAAUCAGAAGUUAAAGCAGAAUAGUCCAGGUUCAAUGAAGCUUUCAACUGCAAAUCGAGAUGUUAAUAGGGGAAGUGGCGGUCUUAAACGUUCUGGAAGCCUUCGAGGUAUUCCUAACCAGCGGUCUCAUUUCCCAUCUCGAUCUGUGGAUGAUGUAAAGAUUCUUCAUGAGAUUUUACCGAGUUCUAAGUCAGAGCUUGCUAGCUCAGUAAGUAUUCUCUAUCAGAAAUUUGAUGAAGAGAAGCUAGAUUCAUUGAUUGAUUCUAAACCCAAGUCUGAGGCUUCAUUUGAACAUGUUGAGCUUCUUAAACCAAAGCCCGACUCUUUGUUUCACGCUCCCAAAGAAAGUAAUGAAAAGGAAUGUGACGAUACUGAAUUUACUGUGAUUGAUAAGGGUGUAGAAAUGCAUGAGAAGUGUUCACUGCCAUCGGAUGAAGGCACUACAGUGAAAACUUCUGAGGUUCCUGAAAUUGAUGAGGACUAUGAGGUAGCUCUUAAAACGGACACUGAGCCACACCCCCAGGAUAAGGCCCUCAUUAGUAAUCAAGAGGUGGAUAUUUUUGAUUCUGUGGAGAAUAACACAUGCUCUGAAGAAUUAAUCUUGGAGGAGCUAGACUCAGCUUUUCGUAACCUCUCAAUAUUGGGGUCAGCAGGGUUGGACUCACCACAAUGUAAGAGUGAGUUUCCUGAGCAGGCAAAUUACAUAGAAGCUAAAUCAAAUCAUAAAGCGAGUAAGAUGGGAAAGUCCCUUAGCCUAGAUGAUGUUACAGAAUCUGUUGCUAGUGAGUUCUUGAAUAUGCUUGGGAUGCAUAGUCCACUUGGCUUGAGUUCUGAUAGUGACCCUGAAUCUCCUAGAGAACGCCUGCUGAGGCAGUUUGAAAAGGACACCCUGAAUUGUGGAAACUGCAUCUUCAAUUUUGAUACCAGCAAGGGGAAGGAGGCAGAACCGUGUUAUGAUGUCCCUUCUGGUUCUAUAUGGGGGGACUUAUCUGAGGAUUUUGAACUCUCGUCUGCUAUUCAAGCUGCUGAGGCAGAGCACCAGAUAGCAACUCAAGCCAUCAACAGUAAAACGAGGGCUAAGAUGCUGGAGGACAUGGAGACAGAAGCUUUAAUGAGAGAGUGGGGAUUGAAUGAGAAGGCUUUUCAGAAAGCUCCAUCUGAUAGUGCUAUUGGAUUUGGUAGUCCGAUUGAUCUCCCCCCUGAAGGACCUCUUGAGCUACCUCCUCUUGGUGAAGGGUUGGGACAAUUUCUUCAAACUAAGGAUGGAGGAUUCCUGCGAUCCAUGAAUCCCUCGCUUUUCAGGAAUGCAAAGAAUGGUGGCAGUUUGAUCAUGCAGGUCUCCAGUCCCAUUGUGGUGCCUGCUGAAAUGGGUUCUGGUAUAAUGGAGAUCUUGCAGUGUUUGGCCUCAGUAGGGAUUGAAAAGCUUUCUAUGCAAGCCAAUAAAUUAAUGCCUUUGGAAGAUGUUACUGGAAAGACGAUGCAUCAAGUAGCAUGGGAAGCCACACCUGGUCUGGCAGGGGAAAGACAGGCUUUCCUGCAGCAUGAAUUGGAGAUUGAGCAAGAUAGAUUUGGUGGGAGAAAAAAAAAGCGUGAAGAAGGUCCUUCUGGGCACAGGCUCAAUAACUUGGGCUCAGGUGCAUUAAGCAUGGAGAGAGGCUCAGAGUAUGUAUCUCUAGAAGAUCUUGCUCCUUUGGCCAUGGACAAGAUUGAAGCCCUCUCCGUAGAAGGUUUGCGUUUACAAUGUGGCAUGUCAGACGAAGAUGCACCUUCAAACAUCUGCCCUCAAUCGAUUGGAGAAAUCUCUGCUCUUGAAGGUAAGAGGGCCAACAAUAGUGGUUCUCUUGGUUUGGAGGGAGCCGCAGGGUUGCAGUUGUUGGACAUCAAAGAUGGUGGAGAUGAUGUUGAUGGAUUAAUGAGCCUAUCCAUAACACUGGAUGAGUGGAUGAGGCUGGAUUCUGGAAUUGUUGAUGAAGAUCAAAUCAGUGAGCGAACUUCUAAAAUACUUGCAGCCCAUCAUGCUAAUAGCAUGGACCUGGUUACUGGAGGAUCUAAGGGAGACAAGAAAAAGGGCAAAGGUUCAGGUAGAAGGUAUGGUUUGUUAGGUAACAACUUCACAGUAGCACUAAUGGUGCAGCUUCGAGAUCCUUUGCGUAACUAUGAGCCUGUUGGAACGCCAAUGCUUGCUUUAGUUCUGGUGGAGAGGGUUUUUGUUCCUCCAAAGCCCAAAAUAUACAGUACAGUUUCAGAGAGAAGGAUCAACAAUGAUGAAGAUGAUGAGUCUGAACAGAUGGUGAAGGUGGAGAAUAAGGAUGAGCUCAAAGAUAAGAAAGAUGAAGAGGAAGGUAUCCCACAGUUUAAAAUAACUGAAGUCCAUGUUGCAGGUAUAAAGAAUGACCCCAACAAGAAGAAGCUGUGGGGUACCAAAACACAACAGCAGACUGGGUCCCGGUGGUUGCUUGCUUCUGGCAUGGGCAAGGGCAACAAAAAUCCUUUUCUGAAGUCAAAGGCAAUCACAAAAUCAUCUCCCGAAGUGACCACAACAGUGCAGCCUGGGGAUACUUUGUGGAGCAUCUCAGCUCGUGUUCAUGGCAGUGGAGCCAAAUGGAAGGACCUAGCAGCCCUCAACCCACAUAUACGGAACCCUAAUAUCAUCUUACCGAAUGAAACUAUUAGAUUACGUUAGGCCUUGACAACCAGUAAAAAACCUCAAAAAUGGGAGUAUAUUCUUGAAUCACCCUUUUGUAUGGUGAAACAGUUGGUUUGGUCACUUACUGUUUAUUGAGCUGGGUUUAGUUACCUGGUGCAUAGCAAGAUUGGUCAGUCCUGAUUGGAAUUGUACCUCUUAAAUAAGCUUGAAUGUGUUAUAAAGGAUGGGUGACAAUGAUCUGCCUGCCGGGGGAGCUUCACCUAUUAGUCAGUUUGAUAUAUGGAACCUGCAGCUGAAGGUAAAUGGCUUUUGUUCUCAUUUGUUUCUUGUUUGUUGGUAAGCCCAAUCUGUUCUUGGAAGCAUUAGUGCAGGCGAUGUAAAUUUGUGUUUCGCACUUUUAUCUUUCCUUUCAUAUUUGAUUUCUUUUUACUGGAGAUUCAAAGCA